UGCCGAAGGCCCAUGAGUUCUGCUUUGACCAGCACCCCUCAACCCAUAAUACCUGAGGUAGAGGAAGUCCUGCUGGAUUCUUACCAACUCAACACUCCCACUAUAUCUCGUAUCGCGUAUCCAUGGGGUUUAUUGACCUUCUUUCCCUUCCAUUCUGGAUGGAAACGGAUGUAAGUGCGGAAGAAAGCCUGAGAUAUCCGCCCCGUGCCCGCUCCUUUUCCGCCCCACGACUUCCUGGGCUGGUUUCCCCCCCCUUCAAAGACGGCAUGCCUUCAGUGUACAGUGCUCUAGGUCUCUGCUUGAGUCUUUCCGGCGUUCGUUUUUUUGAUCUUGGGAGUUAGGGGAUCGUGAGUCUUUUGGUGGUCACCUUGUCUCUUGCUUCUAUACGAGUGGGAAACCUCAUCUCUCUUUCUCUCUCUUUCAAACCCUCACAAUGCCCUUGAAUAAAGACUCCGAGGACGUGAACGACACAUGUGAACUAUGGCGGCCUUCGUCGCCUCAUGACACCCAAAUUUUCGGUUUCAUGGUCAAGGUGGGCAAGAAAUACGGGGUGUCGCUGAAUAAUUAUCAUGAUUUAUGGCAAUGGAGCGUGUCGGAACCAGCAAAGUUUUGGGAAGAGACAUGGCAUUAUACUGCUGUCAAAGCCCAUACACCGUAUAACAGAGUUUUAGACUCCGAAGACCUACUUUUUCCCAGACCGGAGUUUUUCCCUGGGGCAAAGUUGAACUUCGCCGAGAACCUUUUGUAUCCAGAAAACGCACCGGAAGAGGAUGCAGUGGCGAUCAUCGCUGCCACGGAGACGGAGCGCGAGUAUGUUUCAUGGAAAGAACUGCGAGACCGGGUUCGACAGUGCACCAAUGCCCUGAAAGAGGCAGGCGUGAGCUCUGGAGACCGCGUAGCUGGUUUUGUAGGAAAUCAUGCCAAUACCGUGAUUGCUAUGUUGGCUGCGACUUCACUAGGUGCCUUCUGGACAGCUGCCUCGGUUGACACUGGGGUACAUGCCGUACUCGAGCGUUUACAACAGAUCGAGCCUAAGAUCCUGUUUGCGGACAAUGCCUCGUUUUAUAAUGGAAAAGUUCAUGAUACGCGUGCAAAGAUUAGCGAGAUCGUUUCUGGUCUUCCAAGUCUGGACCGCUUGGUUAUAUUUGAGCCCGUCAGAUCACAUCAACUCAACCUGGAGGGGCUGCGGCCAUCUCGCGGUCAAGUAUCCAGCUACGCUGACUUCUUGUCCGACGUUCGAAACCCAUCUGCGCCUCUCCAGUUUGAAAGCGUGGAGCCUUCUCAUCCCGUUUACAUUUUGUAUUCAUCGGGCACCACAGGAGCUCCCAAACCGAUUGUGCAUGGAACCCUGGGCACUUUGUUGCAACACAAGAAGGAACAUGUCCUCCAUUGCGAUGUUCGGCCAGGGGAUCGGCUAUUCUACUUCACAACAACAACGUGGAUGAUGUGGCAUUGGCUUGUGUCGGGAUUGGCUAGUGGCGCAACAAUUGUGCUUUACGAUGGCUCCCCGUUCCGACCUUUUGACCCGGAAGAUGAGAAAGGUGACAUGGCCAUGGCCCGUCUCAUUGAGGAGUUGAAAAUCACCCACUUUGGGACGUCAGCGAAGUACCUUUCGCUUUUGGAGCAGGCUUCACUCAACCCUCGAAUGCAUCCUCAUCGCCCGGUUUCGCUGGAAACCUUGAGGGGUAUUUUUAGUACAGGCUCUCCCCUCGCCCCGUCUACGUUCGAGUACGUAUAUUCCUCCAUCCACCCGGAUGUGAUGCUUGGCUCCAUCACCGGGGGAACAGACAUCAUUUCUCUUUUUGGUGCCUGCUGUCCCAUUCUCCCUGUGCACAGAGGUGAGAUCCAGUGUCGUGCUCUGGGGAUGGCGGUCUCUGUGUAUGACUAUGCAGGCAAUGAUAUCAGCGCUUCCGGAGAAGCAGGAGACCUCGUCUGCACAAAACCCUUUGCCGUCCAACCAGUCAUGUUCUGGCCACCCGGUGCGGUUGGUGCGGAAAAGUACCGUAAAAGCUACUUUGAUGUCUUUGGACCCUCGGUCUGGCACCAUGGGGACUUUGUCCGCCUGAACCCAAGAACUGGAGGCUUGGUGAUGUUGGGCAGAAGCGAUGGGGUGCUCAAACCCGCCGGUGUUCGAUUCGGGAGCGCUGAGAUCUACAACGUUCUCCUCAAACAUUUUGCCGGUGAAGUCGAGGAUUCCCUUUGCGUCGGACGUCGACGAGAGGGGAUUGAUACCGAUGAGACCGUGGUUCUGUUUGUCAAGCUGCCUGCGGAUCCCCAGGCUCCUUCGACAAUACCGCCCGAGCUUGCGUUGCGCAUCAAAGCCACCAUUCGCAAGGAACUCAGCCCCCGUCAUGUUCCGGGAUUAAUAGACACUUGCCCCGAGAUUCCCGUGACAUCCAACGGGAAGAAAGUCGAAAAUGCUAUCAAACAGAUCCUUUGUGGCCUGAACAUCAAAAUCGGUGCCAGCGUUGCAAAUGCCUCUUGUCUUGACUGGUAUCGUCAAUGGGCUUUGCAACAUGAAUGAGCCGACAGCAGUCGCCAGCCAUCUACUUGGUACAUCAACCUUUCCUAGUCGACGUUUGCUGGCGAUUGUUCCCCUGUUUUACUUGUAGAGAAAUAUCCACCAUAUUCAUAGUACUGUUAGAUCUAGAUCGAGGCCGGAUUAUCCUCCACCUCAGACCUCAACGGAAUCUUCCAAAACAAAAUCUUAUGGCUACAGUUCCUCGGCC